GGCUGUGUAAUUUUGAGUAAAUCGCUGAUACUUUCUCUUUUAUUGCAAAACCCCCAAACUCAUAUCAAAUCCGUCAUCUUUCCCUUGCCCGAUCUUCAUUGCCCGAUUCACAUCCCCCAUCUCUAAUGCCCCGUACCCCAUUCCAGCUCCCCGCCCUCAAACGACCAACAACAACACUCCACUCCAGAUUUAACAGCACCAUGUCUACCCCUCAAACCAACGGUCACCCCAAAGGGAAAUUCACUCCCGCUUUGCGAUUAGACACCAUCAAUGGGGCAGUCCCAAAUGUUCAAUAUGCCGUUCGUGGUGAACUAGCAUUACGUGCCGACAAAUAUUUACAUAAACUCCAUGAUCAUCCCAAAGAUCAUGGAUUGCCAUUUGAUAGAGUCGUCACUGCCAAUAUUGGAAAUCCUCAACAAGCGGGAUUAGAUCAAAAACCAAUCACUUUUUGGCGUCAAGUGAUCAGUCUUUUGGAAUACCCAGAUUUGUUGGAUAAACAUUUGGAAGUGGCUAAACAGAUAUAUCCCGUGGAUGCGAUUGAGAGAGCUAAGAAGUUACAUGCUGAGAUUGGAAGUGUUGGAGCUUAUAGUCAGAGUAAAGGUGUGGUAACGAUCAGAAGGAGGGUGGCUAAGUUUAUUGAAGAACGUGAUGGCUAUCCCUCGGAUCCUGAACACAUCUUCCUCACAGCCGGCGCAUCAGGAGGUGUAGCUUCCAUCCUCGGUGUCGCCCUUCAUCCCGGUGACGGGUGUCUCAUUCCUAUCCCUCAAUAUCCUCUUUACACCGCUACCCUAGCUUAUUUAUCUGCGACUCCUCUCCCAUACUACCUAUCUGAAGAAAACAACUGGUCCAUGUCUCAUGACACCAUCCUCGAAUCCGUAUCCAAAGCCCGCCAGGAAGGCGUACCGGUGAAAUCGUUGGUCAUCAUCAACCCCGGUAACCCCACAGGAGCAUGUUUGGAUCGAAAAGCUAUGGAAGCGGUCAUUCAAUUAUGUUACGAAGAAGAAAUUUUGUUACUUGCCGAUGAAGUGUAUCAAGCAAACAUCUUUUAUCCGGAACAGAAACCAUUCGUAUCGUUCAAAAAGGUUUUGAUGGGUAUGCCUGAAGAAAUUGCAAAGAGUGUGGAAUUGGUCAGCUUUCAUUCUAUCUCCAAAGGAAUGAGUGGGGAAUGUGGGAGGAGAGGAGGAUAUUUCGAAUGUGUCAAUAUUUUGCCCGAGGUCAUGGAUCAGAUUUAUAAGAUGGCUAGUGUAUCACUAUGUCCACCUCUGACCGGACAGAUCGGCGUUGACCUCCUCGUCUCCCCUCCCAAACCCGGCGACCCCUCGUUCAGUCAAUGGGAAGAAGAAACUCAAAGUAUCCUUGCGAACCUCAAAUCUCGCAGUGCUUACAUGAGCGAUAAAUUCAAUUCUUUACCAGGGAUGAGCUGUGCGAUAGAAGAAGCUAAGACGAGAGGGAAAGAGCCAGAUGUCAUGUAUGCUUUGGAUCUGCUUGAUGCCACAGGAAUCUGCGCCGUCGCAGGAUCAGGCUUCGGUCAAGUUCCCGGCACGUAUCAUAUCCGUGUCACCGCGUUGUGUCCUGGAGUGGAAGAAUACUGUGGAAAGAUUGAGACGUUCCAUAAAGAAUUCAUGGAGAAGUGGGCGUGAUUACGGGGCCGUUCCCUCCCUCGGGAGAUACGGUCCAUAUACAAGUCUAUCACCCUUCAUCAGACUAUGGAUCCGUCUAGGUUGGUAAGAUGGGAGGUACUGUAUGUGGAUAUGAUGAUCUGCAUCUUAUGUGUUCUUC